AAGGUAAUAUUUGAAAACCAAGUUCACAUCUUAAAAAAUAACCCCCAAGCGAGUUUUAUUUGUAUAAUAUUACAAUAAUUAAAAAAAAAUGUCUCAAGUGUUUAAAGAUGAACAAUUACUUCGGUUUUUCCUAGUGACAGUUUUAAAAUUAAAAAAAAAUCCGUAAAAAUUACAAAAAUUUAAAAAAUGGACACACUCGAAAAAAAUGGAGAAUAUCUAAUUUUUUUUCAAUGGCAGGACACUAAAAUCCAAGUCGGGCUUUUUUUCUGAUACAGGGCCGUCACAAAUAACAAGGAAAAUUUUUGGUUAAUUUUUUCAAAUGAUUUUCUUCAGUUAUCAAUUUUCGAAAGCGUUUAGUUGUUAAAAGUGAACAUUUUUUGCAAAUUUUCUGAAUAACUGAAUUUAAAAAAAAUAAUUAAACAACUUAAAAAAUAUACCAGUGACAGUGGCGCAAUUAAAAUAAUAUUUGAUAAUAAUAAUAAAAUAAUAAUUAUAAGUUAAGCAUGUACUGAUAAUUUUUCCCAUUAAAUUAAUUACGUAAAUGAAACACGCUGAAGCUGAAGACAUAAUAAAUCCGUUUUUGUUUAUAUAUGCGAAGAAACAAAACUUCCAUCUUAACCUAGUUGUUUUUCUAAAUAAAUCAACAAAUAAAAAAAUCUCGAUAACCUUAGCCAUUCCGUCACUUCAUGUCGUAUUUGCAUACCAGAUAAGCGAAUUAUAUUUGUUCAAAGCGGCUGAAGAUCCUUAUUUUAGAGUAAACUUCCGCUCGCUAUCUCUCUCACGCUCGUUACAUUACCGGUAUGUUUGGUUUUAACUGGAUGCAGAAAUUAUAGAAUGCCUAUGACUCGAGUGGACAUCGACGAAACCAUAAUUCGCCGCUGGAAAGGCACUAAUUUAUCAAACCCGGUAAGGACGGAGAAGAACCAAUAAAGAACCGUAGAGAUUUACAAAAAUAACUUGUCUUAAUCGAAGAGGAGAACAUAGACGAUCUUCUCGCUUAAGUAUGUUUAGUUAAGUUUACGGAAAGCUAAGACUAGGAGAGGAUAAGGAUAGGACUACGCUACCUUUAACUUGUAAUAUUGUCACAAUCCAGCCCGAGGAAGGACUUUUGUGAUUAAUUUCUGUAGUGAGUCCAAAUUCUCGCUCGACUACACUUUCGAGAAAACGAAAGCUUGAUUUUUCUAUUUGAUUUGAUAGAUCGAGUGUCCUUUUUUUGUUAUCAAAAUGUCUUCUUGGACUCAUUCCUUCAUACAGUUUCAAUUUAGAACAGCAGCAGCACGUAAGGCUAAGUGGCAAACUGAGCCGUUUACCGAAAAAGUGCUCCGACAGUUACACGAGAUACCACAGGUGGUCAUUAACAGGGAAAGCGUGAUCCGCCACACCCGCGCUGACCACAACGUCCCCGACAUCUCGAACAUCGCGAGCUACGUCGAGUGCACCAGCGAAUCGACCCGGGAGUUGCACGCCAGCGCCUACGAGGAUGACAAUAUCGAGAAUGAAUUGACUAGAAUGUUCAGCAAUGAACACGACAAACCAAUAGACACCAAAGAACCCCAAGUGACCGCCCCUAUUUCGAAAAAACACAAAAGACGGGCAGCUCUUAAGAAACUCGUCGAGCUCUUCGGUUCGGCACUCGAUGACUUGGAGGAGCCCACGCCUCGAAAGAGGAUUCGAAAGCGACGGCGGCACACUCUACCGGUGUCCCUGCCCAUAAACCCCGAGAUUCUCACCCCUUUGAGGGUUAAAGAGAAGAGGAGGAGCGAACCCGACCCGGGUACUUGUAAGAAAGUGGUUAGGACGAACGUAGCUCGGACGGUCGAAGUGACUUACAGUCGUGUGACGCACCUGGUGCUCCCGCCGGUGUACCACGAGACGGCGCGAGUGACUUACAGUGACCACGAGAUGGAGACGGCGUUCGUGGUGGGUCAACCCCAGACGGGACACAGCGAAACCGCGAAAGCCACUCAGAAGAUGACGACGUUCAUCGAUUUGACGACGGAAGAGGAGAACACGGUGAUGGAGUUCAGCGGGAUCAAGGUGGCGGUGAAGGGCGAGUACUUCAAAGGCGAGAACAAAGCGCCGUCGAUGCCGUCGCUGUCUCCGAACAAACCGCCGGAUGCCACGAAAGGGGAGCAGGUGAUCCUCACGCAGAGGCCGCCGCCUCCUGGGAAGCAGCCGGAGCUGGAGAUAUUUCCCGUCGAGACCGGCGGGAGUGCGCCUAUUGUGUUCACUCAGAACAUUGUCGUGGCUAGAGCGACGAACGCGGGUGCGGGGCACCAGCAACCAACCGUCGGGAACAAAGCGGUUGCCCAGGUGGUUCCGUUGAAAGAGAAAAUCCACGGACAAAAGCGACCCAGCGUCGAGUCGUCUAAGACCAUGGAAGCCCCUUUGGUUCCGUCGCGUCGGAAAUGCAGUACGGACAAAACGGGGCUUCCAGACCACUUCAACGUACCUUUGAGCGGAAUCCAGCAACAGCCGACUCUUAACCAAGCUCCGGAUCUUCGGCAGGUGAACGCGUCGGUCCUGGACGAGUUAGUUCAGUGGGAAGCCGCCAAAAAACGCGCCUUAAUCCAAUCUCAAGCACCGACGGGGUACCCCGUCUGUCGACCUAACUUCCAAGUUCCUCCGCAGUGGCAGUGGUCCACCGUGAACAACCCACAAAUCGUGCAAAGACCUAACGCGGAACCCACGUACAGUCAGCUGCCGCCGCGUCUAGUGCGUCUGCUGAGUGUCCCUACCGACUUCACCCUCAUAUCUAACUCCAUGUGUGCGGAACGACUUUACCCUCACGUUAAUAAAUUCGUGCAGUGGCGAUGCAACGCCAGCCAGUUUCACGAAAAAAGCAGACUUUACGUAACCCCAGCCGAUUUCAAAGAACACAGCAACAAAUUCAUGGCGUACUUUAACAGUCUCCGGGUUGUCUUCAGCCGUAACAUGGUGAAGGAGUUAUCCGGAGUAGAAGUCCGCGACUUCAACAUCCACCAAAUCCUCACCUACCUCUCGGUCAAAAUCGUCGAAGGCAAUCGCACCGUCACCGUCUUUCGCAUCUGCAGCACCCUCUACUCGAUGCUCGGACCAGUGGAAGCCGAACUGAACACCCCUUUUUUACGCAAACUCUUCACCACCAUCAAGACUUCCGUCCAAAAGAUGGAAGAAAAAUCCAAGAAAGCGCUCUUCACGGCAGCGCAGCUGCAAGUUUUACAAACGCAAAUCCGUCAGUACAACCAUAUACAGAAUUGGCUUAGCGCGAAUAUCGGGUCCGUGCCGCUGCGCGUUCGGAUCCCGCCGCAGAAGAAGCAGCAGCCUCCUCAGCAGAACGCGCAGAGGUGGCAGAGGAGCGCUGUCACCGAGACCACGAGGAAUGUACCACUAGACACCAACGCCAGUACUGGUGAAAGUACGACAGCGCAGGCGCCGGAAAGCGUCACCGACAAGAAUGCGCCUGCGCAGAAUCGCGAAAGUGUGGCCGAACCUAACACGCAGACUCCUGUAGUACCUGAAAAUCCGCAAACCAAGAAAAACGUGCAAGAAUCUCAAGAGUGCAAUAAAGAGCAAACGGCAGUUCCGACGAACGAAGUUAAUAGUGUUAAGAAUGAAUCGAAGGACGGGAAAGAUGAGGAGGUUAUAGAUUUAACGUGGAUAGAAGAUGGAGACCAGGAGGAAAUCCUCGAGGAGAUAAUAGAGUGCAAAUACUUUCCGUUCAAGGCCGAAAACUACGAAGAGAGCGAAGUCGUUGCGCGAGAGGUGGUUUCGCCCACGGAUAGCGGUCUCGGGAGUCCGGUGGCUCAGAGUGAUAGCGAUGGAUUUAAGUGUCUCUGUGGCAACAAAGCAAUAUACGUGUGUGCUUGUAAUUCGUCGAUGUAUUGCAGCAGCGACUGUCAAGGCCGGGAUUGGGUCUAUCACCAGAAGUUGUGCCAUAAGAUGAAGUCUUGACAAGGAAUGAGGCAACGAAACGUCAUUCCAACUAAAGACUGAAAUACACACAGUAUUACUAAGGUUAUGUUUGCGUUAAUCGAAGUUACUUUUUGUUAUUAUUUUGCAAGAUUUUAGGUCUUGUUGAGUAUUUUUCUAUUUUUGUAUAUUCUACCAAAGCUUCAAAUUUAAAUUAUAAUAAAGAUUACUUUUUUUUUUA